AUUUAGGGCUCUUUUCUCAUCUUCAAAUCUACACCAUCGCUCUGACGCUUCGAUCUUUCUCAUCGAAACCCUAAAGGAAAAAAAAAAUCGCUUCCACAUACCCUAACGAUGUCUGGCGGAUUCUUCCGCGGUACUUCCGCUGAUCAGGACACUCGCUUCUCCAACAAGCAAGCCAAGUUGAUGAAGAGCCAGAAAUUCGCGCCGGAGCUCGAGAAUCUGGUUGAUGUGUCGAAAGUGAAGAUGGAUGUUAUGAAGCCUUGGAUUGCGACUAGAGUCACUGAGCUUCUUGGAUUUGAAGAUGAAGUGCUUAUUAACUUUAUUUACGGUCUUCUUGAUAAGAAGGUUGUCAACGGUAAGGAGAUUCAGAUAGCUAUCACUGGGUUCAUGGAGAAGAACACUGUCAAGUUCAUGAAAGAGCUCUGGACGCUUCUUCUCAGCGCGCAGAGUAAUGCGAGUGGUGUUCCGCAGCAGUUUAUUGAUGCUAGAGUAGAUGCAGUCAAGAAGUUAGAGGAUGAAGCAAGGAAAAGAGCAGAUCAGAACAAUGAGUUAGUGAAUGAAAUUGGGAGGAGGAAGGAGAUGGAACGUAAGAGCUAUGAUGAUGACAUAUUGAGGAAACUUGACAGCGGCGUUGAACAGAAGGUGACAAAUGGCAUGGACGCGAAACCUUUCAAAGAUCGUCCAGAGGAUGAGAGAAGAGCUGAUGAAAAGGAUGGAGGCAAAGAAAAGAGAAGAGGUUCACGUUCAAGGUCGAUCAGCAGAUCAAAUUCAGGAUCGAGAAGUUAUUCUGGUGGACGGAAAUCAAGGAGCUUGUCUCGAUCAUCAGAUGCAUCCAUCUCACCUAGAAAGCGGAGACCAUCUUAUUCAAGGCGUCGAUCCAGGUCACGUUCCUUGAGUAGGUCUCUAUCUCCUCGCCGGCGUAGGAUACGUUCUCCUUAUGGAAGCAGGUCCCGUUCACCUAUUAGACGUCACAGGUCACCAUCACCACAAAGGCGCCGCCGUGUAUCUACACCUGAGAGACGCCGCCACUCACCACCCCCUUCAAGGCGUCGCAGGUCUCCAUCCCCUCCUGCUAGGAGACGCAGGUCACCAUCCCCUCUUGCUAGGAGACGCAGAUCACCUUCCCCUCCUGCUAGAAGACGCAGGUCACCAUCCCCUCUUGCUAGGAGACGCAGAUCACCAUCACCGUCUGCUAGGCGUCAGCGGUCCCCAUUGCCAUUUAGGCGGCGUAGGUCUCCUUCACCUGUAGCUAGACGGCGCAGGUCUCCAUCUCCACUCUACAGGCGUAACAGAUCACGAUCACGAUCACCACUGGCUAAGCGGGAAAGGUCUGAUUCACCAGGGAGAUCUCCGUCACCAGUGGGUAGCCGCAGGGCACCCGCUGCUCAAAGAUUACCCUCUCCACCUGCUAGGAUAAGAUUGCCUUCACCACCUGCUGGUCAAAGGUUGCCUCCACCACCUCCUAGGCGUGCUGGAUCACCAUCACCAAUGAGGCUAGGAGGACCUCAGCCAGGCAAUCAUCUUAAAUCACCAUCACCAAGUUCACUGUCCCCUCCUGGUAGGAACAAAGGGUUACCAUCUCCACCUGUUAGAAGGCGCAGGUCACUGACACCUGCCAAAGAGCGAGGCUCUCUGUCUCCAGCUGGACGUCUCGUGGCAGAAUCCCCUUCACCUGUCAGAGGUCGAGGUAGAUCUUCUCCCUCUCGACAUCAGAAAGCACGCUCUCCUGUUCGCCGUAGAUCACCAAAACCUAUCAACAGGCGAAGUCGAAGAUCUCCAUCUGCUUCACGAUCACCUGAUGACAGCCGAAGGAGACGGUCUCCAUCUCGGAGCAGAUCUUCGUCUAGGUCGCCCUCACCUCCUGUUCGAGGUAGAUCUCCUUCACCUAGUGUAAGAAAACAUCAGAGGGACAGAUCUCCGGGACAUCCAUCUGAAGUGCGAGAUAGAGAGGAGAGGGAUCAAAAAUCAAAGCUGUCUAAGAAAACUCAUGUGCAGUCGCCUGAUUCUGAUAAGAGGAAUGAGAUGGUACAAGUAGCUGGACGUGUUGAACAUUCGAAGGAGCAAGAGAGAAAGAGUGCAAAAUUGUCCGAGAGACGUUCUGGUCACAGAAUGCACGGUUCACAGAUGUCCCCAGUUUCACAUAAGGACUCCGUUGAGAAAGAGGAUAACAGUGACCUGGAUGCAAAACUUUCUUCUGAUUCUAAGGAUAAAAAGGGAAGAAAGAGUAAAAGGUCUGACAGGGAAGAAGCAGCCUCAGAUAGUAAUGGCAGUUCUGAUUCUGAUGUAGAAGAUAGGAAGGAAGCUAAAAGGAGAAGGAAAGAGGAAAAGAAGACGAGAAAAGAGGAGAAGAAACGCAGGCGAGAGGAGAGACGUCGUAAAAGGGAGGAACGUCGGGGUGAGAAGCUGAAACAUAAGAAUCGAGAUUAUUCUGAUUCUUCAGAGGACGAAGCUGAGAUCCGUCCUAAGAGUAAAAAUGGGGAGGAGUCAGAUCCAAAGAAGCUUGAGAUUGAGUUGCGUAACAAAGCACUUGAGGCACUGAAGGCAAAGAAGGGCAUCAGCCACUAAAAUCCUUAUCAUGUUAUUGAGUAUCCAGCGUUAUGUGAACAUCUUUUUUUCUGAAGAUACAAUGCUUUGCUAGAUAUUUCUAUUUCUAUGUUCUAUGUGUUGCUUCAUCUUAUAUGUUCCAAACUUUCUUAUGUCAGUCUGUUUGUUCUUGGCAGCAACUUGAUGGCUGAUAUUACUCUGCUGCUAUUCUUGAGUACAGACUUUUUGCAGACAUUGAUGAUGGCUCUGAUCUUCGGAUGAGUGUAGUGUCAACAACAGGACUUGGUUAAGAAAGUGGUUUAUAUUGCGGAGUCUCUUAGUAUGCCUUUUUGACUCGGUCAAGUGUCCCGAGUCUAUGGUGCUCUGUCUGCUUCAUGGCUUUGUUUGUUUUAAACAUUGAGGUACAACCUUUCGCAAGUAAGAAUUAAGAUAUAACCGAUGGCAUCUCUUGUUUUCAUAGCAUAUCUACAACCUCUAGUUCUGUUCUGUCAGAUGUGUCUCACUUUCUUAAUUCCUAUAUAUCUUUUUUUCUUAACAAGAAAAAUUUAUUUGUUUCGUUACCAAAAUGCAAUAUCUUGUAACAAAGUGAAACGCUGCUUUGAUGGCCAUUACUUGAUUGUCUAAAUCUGAACAUGCAGAGGAUAAAGAUUUAGUGUGAUGAGUCUCUGUUGUUUGGGUGUAGCGUAAGAUCCAACACCAAGUUGUUCGUUGCCCUCCAGAUACUUGAUUUGAUUUCACAUGGAUGCCAGUUUCGUGAGACUUGGGGUUAGCCACACUAACUUGUAAGUUAAACGUGCGAAAUUCAAUUUGAAUACCAAAAGAAGUUUCGUUCCUAUUGAUAACUUGCGGAUUUUGACACAAAAACAUAUAGGCUAAAAUCAAAAGAAGUUUCCAUUGAAAUUUCAUAAGUAGAUGUACAUAAUUGUGGUUCAGAAAAAAGAAAAGAUGUAAUCACAUAAAAGUUCAGUAGCUUUAUACAAACGAAAACGACUUUUUGUAUCCAUUAUUCAACACUUAGUCAUGUAUUAUCUUUCUUAUUAUUAUUUUCACAUUUACAACUGGAGAAUACAAUUUCUAGGUUUAUUCACAUCAUCAUGUUUAACGCGUCUCGGUCAAAUCUUUACUUCACACAACCCCAAAACGCAAAUGCUUCAGAUACGACCCUCUUUUAGACUCCGUAGAAGAGGUAGUCAUCAUGAGGAAGACUUUCUGUACCAUCCAGAUACCGAACCACUUGCUUCAUCAUUGGCCUAGCUUCAUGAGACCGGUUAGCACACAGAAGUCCGGUUUUCAAAACCAGUAACACUUCUCUAGCAACCAACUCCUCUCUAUUCAUCCUCGUGUCGCAUCUCUGUAACAGUUCUCCUUUCUUGAACCCUUGAAGCACCCAGUUCACUAAACUGAUCUCUUCAGGUGGUUUUGUCGGCUCUAUGGCUUUCCUUCCACAGACAAUCUCCAUAACCAACACCCCAAAACCAAACACAUCUGUGUCACGUGUAGCCUUCCCUGUCUCGACAAGCUCCGGCGCCACGUGUCCCGUGGUGCUGUUCCUGCUUCCUUGUCCGUAGUCUCCUAGUCUAGCGUUCAGCUCUUCGUCUAAGAGUACGUUGCUGGCUUUCACGUUUCCGUGAAUCAAAGGUCUUUGACCCUCCCCGUGUAGAUACUGAAGUCCAGCCGCAAUACCCUUUAUGAUACAGAACCGGUCUGACCAUGUGAGAACCGGUCGGUCAUUGCUGAAUAAGAACCGGUCCAGGCUACCGUUGGGGACGUACUCGUAAACGAGAUAAACCUCGUUACCUUUGCUGCAGUAACCAAGUAGGUUAACUAGGUUUCUUUGUCUAAGCCUUGAGAUAGAAGCUAUCUCUGCUAUUAGGGUUGUCUUCUGUUGCCUUGUGGCGCAAGUAAUCUUCUU